AAUCUGUGUUCGUUUCUAAACACAACAUUGUGCGCAAAUUUGGUGAAAAUAUUUAUAUUUUGUCUUGCUUUUUUAAUAAAUAGGCACUAGUUAUAUGAAAUAAAUUUUACCAGACUAAUAAUACUGCAAGUGAUAUAUAUCUGAAUAUCGUGGUAAAAUUUCUGUAACACAAAAUGAUCACGUCUAGAUUAUUUUGCGCAAAAAAUUUUUAUAAAUCCACAUUCAUACAAUUUAAGUAUUUGUCAUGCUGGUCAUGUGGCAAGGAUUCUCAAAAUCUUACACAUAACAUAUUCUGUCCGAACUGCGGAGUUCUACAAAAACCACUGGACAAAAACUAUUUUAAGGUUAUGGGAGUAAAGGAAACAUUCGACCUAAACGAAAGUGAACUAGCUAAGAAAUACAAAGAAUUACAGAAACAUCUUCACCCUGACAAGUAUGCAAAUCGGAAUAAACAAGAACAAGAAAUAUCUGCAGAGUAUUCUUCAUUAGUUAAUGAUGCCUACAAAACUCUUCUGGACCCACUUUCAAGAGGUAUUUACAUGCUAAGCUUGUUAGGUAAAGAAAUACCUGAAAAAACCGAAGUUGACAAUCAAUUCCUCAUGGAAAUUAUGGAGAAAAGUGAAGAAAUUGAAAACGCAGAAAGUGAAGCUGACAUUUUAAGGUUGAAUGAAGAAAACAAAAAGAUUUUGAAUUAUCUCCAACAGAGAGUUUCAAAAGCAUUUUUUGAUGGUGAUUUAAAGAGUGUUUUACAACUUCUAGGUCGUAUGAAGUAUUAUACUAGUAUUGACGCCCAAAUACAAAGCAGCAUAAGAAACAAAGGAAUUAUAAGAUAAGCACUAAUUAGGUUCUUUGAAAUUCAGAUUUUAUAUUAAAAUGUGAGAGUAGAGGAGAGUG